CGCCCGCCGCCUCAAAGAAGCCAAAAUCCGACCCGAAUUUGAUCGGAUUAUGAAUCGGAUCCGAGACAUCCGACCCAUAAUUGUGCCUGUCUAUUAAGGGGGGCCCACUUUGGCGCCAGCUAUUUUUUCAGCCAGUGUCAAUUCUCGCACGUUCUGUAUUCAUUCAAAAUUCAAACUCCAACGGCAAUGGCCAAAUUCCAAGUUCGAAUGAAACCACGCUAAUUCCCACUCAAAAAAUUUCAAACUCCUUCUCUUCUUCGUGUCCCAUUUUUGUUCACGCAAUGAUUUCGUUCUUCUGCAUUCCCCUACUUUUGUGAAACUCUUCAUUUUCACCCUUUUUAGCUGCAGCGUUGAAGUGAAGCAAAUCACAGAAGUGGAAUUCGGAAGCUUCUGUAUGAAAAUUGGAAAUUUUGUAUAAAAGAUGGCGUCGUAGAUUACGAUAUUUUGUACACUUUAACAACAAGAAAGCAUCGUAUAAAUCAUCUGUUUUUAUAUAUUUUUUUAGUAGGGAGGAAAGAAGGUGAGCCUCAGAAGAACGAGGAUUUUUUCUUUGUACACCAUUGUUUAUUUGAGAAAAUGAAUGCGGUCGGGAGGCAGAGAUCUAGUGCAUCAACGGCGCAACAUCAGAGGCAGUUCUCCGACAAUUUCCUGGAUACGUCAUCGAACGGACGGUGGCUGCAGUCGGCUGGUCUGCAGCACCUACAGUCAUCCAACAGUGCUGUUCCUCCAUUUCAGUGGUCAGGGUUCGAGGAUGUACAGAAGCAUAAAGGAGCAGAAAACAUACGGCGGAAGCAGCGAUUUGUUUGUCGAGUCAUUGUCCCCGCCGGAGCAUUUACAGAGGAAGAGUGACGAGGAUCAUAUUUCACAGAAUGAGUAUAUCCCGGGGCUUUUGGAUCUGCACUCUUUAGAUUCAGAGCUACUUACUGAGAUGCCUGAAAGUAUCUACAAUGGCCCUUCACUCAAUAAUCUUCCAAGAGGAAGAAGUUUUAAUGAUUCCGAGCAAUUCUAUGGAAACAAUAAAGCUUCUGCCAGAGCUCCAGAUAGUGAUGUGCUGAAAAACCUUGUUGAAGGUGCAAAGGCCAGUAAUGUUGCAAAGAUCAAAGUUGUGGUGAGGAAAAGACCAUUGAACAAGAAAGAACUGGCAAGGAAUGAGGAAGACAUCAUCGAAACUUACUCAAACUCUCUUGUGGUACAUGAGAUGAAACUUAAGGUGGACCUGACAGAAUAUGUGGAGAAACAUGCAUUUGUUUUCGAUGCAGUGUUGGAUGAAGAAGUUUCAAAUGAUGAGGUGUACCAUGAAACUGUUGAGCCUAUAGUUCCAAUAAUUUUCCAACGCACAAAAGCCACAUGUUUUGCUUAUGGCCAAACAGGAAGUGGUAAAACUUACACUAUGAAGCCACUGCCCCUCAAAGCCGUUCGAGAUAUCUUGAGGGUGAUAAACCACACGUACAAAGGCCAAGGCUUUCAAUUGUUUGUCAGCUUCUUUGAGAUCUACGGAGGGAAACUUUUUGAUCUGCUCAGUGAACGGAAAAAACUUUGCAUGAGGGAGGAUGGCAAACAACAAGUUUGUAUUGUGGGCUUGCAAGAAUAUCAGGUAUCAGAUGUGGAGAUGGUUAAGGAACUCAUUGAGAUAGGAAAUGCGACGAGAAGUACGGGCACCACAGGUGCAAACGAGGAGUCCUCCAGAUCUCAUGCCAUUCUUCAGCUGACAAUUAAGAAAGGAGGCGAAUCGAAACCUGCAAAGCUUGUUGGAAAACUUUCAUUUAUUGAUCUUGCUGGAAGUGAGCGUGGAGCAGAUACUACAGAUAAUGAUAAGCAGACCAGGAUGGAAGGUGCCGAAAUCAACAAAAGUUUGCUUGCACUGAAAGAGUGUAUCAGAGCUCUUGACAAUGAUAAACUACAUAUUCCAUUUAGAGGGAGUAAAUUAACCGAAGUUUUGAGGGAUUCAUUUGUUGGGAAUUCUCAUACCGUGAUGAUAUCAUGCAUUUCGCCAAACUCGGGAUCUUGUGAACAUACCUUGAACACAUUAAGAUAUGCCGACCGGGUCAAAAGCCUCUCCAAAGGAAACAACUCCAAAAGGGACAUCUUAUCUUCAACCAUGAACCUGAAAGAGUCGACAACCCAAACCCUAUCUAAAUUCUUAUCUCCUGCAUCAACUCUUCUAGGUGACACAAGUGAUUUGUGGCUCGAGCAAACUGAGAUGGAAGAAAAUGAAGAUUUCUCGGACCCAGAGAAACCUUCAUGGAAGAAUACAAAAAUCGAGCCCUACACCUACAAUACGGACGAUAAAAUCAAGACAGCCACUGGCCAAGCUAAGCUGACAGAAACUUAUAAAGCAGAGAUUCAACCAUCGGAUGCAAAUGAAAAUUUGAAUCUUUUACUGAAGGAAGAGGAAAGCCUCGUCAAUGCCCACAGAAAACAAGUCGAGGAGACAAUGAACAUUGUGCAGGAGGAGAUGAAACUGUUGGUCAGCGCCGAUCGACCAGGCAAUCACCUCGAUGAUUACAUCUCAAGAUUGAACUCGAUUCUGUCCCAGAAGGCUUCCGGCAUCUUACAACUACAAGACCACCUGUCCCGUUUCCAGAAACGCUUGAAGGAUCACGGUGUCCUCAUCACUUCCGAUUAUCAGCUGUAAAAGCAUCGUGCAGAGUAUUUUAUUGCAUGCAUGCUGCUUCGAAUGUUUCGAUUAUGUUUGUUGUAUGAUGAGGUGUGGUUUGAUCUACAUGGUUGUUCAGAUUUGAUGAUUCAAUGCUCGUUUAUAGAGUUGUUAUGUUUGGAAGAAUUUCUAAGUUUGUCAAGCAGAGUUUUGUUAAAGAUAAGGAGGUAAAUAGAACAGCAUUGAUCAUUUUGGUUUAGAGUUGAAGGGCAUUCUUGUCAAAUCACCUCUAUAACUUGCGGGGGCAUUUGUGUCAUAUUG